AUGUCGUUUGCGCGGGUCCCAAGUAGCGAGCAAAGCUGUUCCCCCGUGCGGUGGGACUCCAUUCGGCUGCCACCGAACUUGCAGGCGCUGCUCACGACGAGCAAGGGGCAUACACUUGCUGCGGAUGUGUCGCCCUUCGAGGGCUUCGGGUCCUUUCAUUCCAAAAAUGUGGAGGACCUCAUGGCGGUAGACGAGGCAACAUACAGGCGCCCUGCGCAUUUCCCAACAUUCGCGAAACGCAUUCUCUCCAUGUCGGAGAUUGCCCGUCUUGUGAGGACGCCUCCGGAAGACACGGCCCACUCAAGGUUUCUCGGCGUAAGUUCCAGCCGAAAGCGAAGCCGCAACGAAGCGAAGUCCUGUGGCGAUGCAGUUUCCUUGGUCGAGCCCAUUCCCAAGCAAGUCGAGAUGGUGACCGCGAACGGCGAGUACUCGAGGGCCGGCUACAAAGACCUGAGCGAUGUGACGAAUAAGAAUAGCGAGCUGUGCACUGCUGCAAGUCGCUUCUCUCUUCCGUUGGUCGGUGCUUGGGGACCCUCUGCAAAGCAUCAUAUAUGUGCGAUGGCUAACCAAACAGUUGCACCCUGCGAGUUGGGCAGUGCUUUCCGCUCCGAGCACUUCACCAUCACCCCUGAUGUGGUGUUCAUCAACCACGGAGCAUUUGGCAGCGCCCUGGUCGGUGCGAUGCUGAUCAAGCGACUCUACGAGGAGCACAUGGAGGCGGAGGUGGUACAAUUUAUGGAUCGGGAGCUGCUCCCGCUGAUUGUGCACAGCAUCCGCGAGCUGAGCCGCUUCCUGCAUGCGGAUCCGCGCCAGGUGAUGCUGCUGCAAAAUGCCACCUUCGCUCUCAACUCUGCCAUGCGCAUGAUUGAUAAGGCGGACGUGGUCGCCUUUUUCGACACAGUGUACUUAGCAGUGUACAAGAUGAUGUGGUUUCGCUGUGAGGAAGUCGGCGCCUCCUUGCAUGAAGUUGGGCUGACCAGGUUCCUGCAUGAUGCGGCCGUAAUGGGCGACAACACCGCUCUGACAGCAGAGAUCUGUCGUCAGCUACCUGCCAACUGCACAACUGUGGUUCUGGACCACGUAACGUCGACAAGUGCACUCUGCUUCCCCAUCUUCACGCACAUCAUACCCGCGCUGAGGCAACGCGGUGUGCGCAAGAUCAUUGUUGACGGUGCUCACGCACCGCUCCAGGUCGAGCUGGACUUCAACGCGCUGCCGCCUGAGUCACAGCCCACCGUGUAUGUGGGCAACUUGCACAAGUGGUUCUCCUCGCCCAAGUCAGCGGGCUUCUUCUGGGUACGCCCGGAUGAUAUGGAGAAGAUGCAUAGCGUGGUGCUCUCGCAUGGAGCUGGAGAGGGCCUCCUUUCGGAGUUCAUCUGGGAUGGCACACGUGACUACGGCGCCUACCUAUCAAUUCCAGCGCUUGUAGACUUUUGGGAGAAGCAGGGACACAGCCGGGUGCGUGACUACUGCUCUCAUCUCUUGUCAUCGGCCGCAGACAUGCUCACCCUCGCCUUUCACUCACGCAAGGUGGCUCGCCACUCCCCCUUCAUGUCGCUGGUGGAGCUCCCUGAAAAGCUGCAGGACAGUCUCAUCACUGCAAAAUACAUCCAAGACAGCCUCCACGACCUCGCCCGAGUGGAGGUGCCAGUAAAGCGAAUUGAGGGGCGCUACUACCUGCGCAUCAGCGCUUUUGUUUACAACACCCCCGAUGAGUACGUGUACCUGCGCGAGGUGAUCUUGUCCAUCGCCGACAAGUGGGCGGAGUCUCCACAACGCCAACAUCUGCAUACGCAACGACUCUCCUCCAACGCGACCACUUCCACCGCCAACAACUAG